AUGGAAUAUGUCUAUAUUACAUAUAAAAAUGAUGAAAACUUUUUCAUAAAUGAAAGAGAAUUGAACAUAAUGAACGCAUUUUGGAAUCUGGAGAAAACUUUUGGAUUAAAAAAUAAAAUAAAAUGUGAAAAAAUGGAAAAUAAUCAUUUUAAUAAAUGCAUUAAAGAUGCUAUUUUUGUUUUUUCUAGCUUGUUAAAUAAUAUUUAAACUGAAUAAAAUUCAUAAUAAUUUUUCCCUUUUAGUUAUUUAUAUAAUAGUUAGUUUAUUGAAAAAUCUAAAAAACCAAGAUGCCCUAUUUUAAUAAAUAGAAAUUCUUCUUAAAUAGUUUUGAAAUUGCCACCUUUUGUUCCUUUAUUAUCUGAUUUUGAUAUUAACAAAAAUCCGAAAAAAUUUGAUAUUAAAAAGAUGGCUGUCUAUGGAAAGAUAUCUGAUGAAUCUAAAAGUCAAAUUACUGAAAACUGCAUUUAAUUAUAAAAUACCGGGAUUAGAUAAUAAAUUGGAUAGACGGUUAUUAUCAAAAACCUAACAGAAAAUUAAAAAUAUUAAUUUGCAGUUGCUGCCUUUGAUGCUACUGAAGAACUUUCUGGCACUAUAGGGGAAAAUAGUGAAGAUAUUGUAUGUUUAAAUCCUCUUCCAGUAAAUCUUUUGUGUAGUCAUUUGGCAAAACAUUCUUAUUUAAUUGGUGAUUUUGAAACUGCAGAAACUGCAGCAGAUCAUAGAUGUAAGCUUUAUUGA